AUGGACGACCGUUUAAGAUCAGACGAAUUGAGAGAUUUAUUGUUUGCCGACGAAGAAGAUGCUGAUGAUCCCGAUAUUUAUUAUGGAUCCGACCACGAAAGUGACGUAAAUUCAACUGAUUUAGCUGCAGAGUAUGAGGACUUGGUUUUUGAAGAAGUUGAUGAUGGAUAUGAAGCUCAAGAAAAUUUUGAAGAGGACUAUGGAAGUGAUGGAGGUCAAGUAGCCUAUGUGGAAUUUAAUGGACAUUUAACCACGGAAGCAGUACACGAAAGUGGAAAUAAUGAUGGCAUGGAAGUUGAAGAGAUUAAUGGUGAAGGUGCCCAAGGGACAAAUAAUGAAGAAGGUAUGGGUGUGUCGGGACAGUGGAAGGUAUGGUCUGAAGGGGAUAAUAAUUUUAAUAAGUUUUCGUGGAAACAUGAUAGUGGUUAUAAGCCACCAAAUGACCAAACGCCAACAACACCUUUGGACUUUUUCCAGCUUUUUUUCACAAAUGAUUUAAUGUUGGAGAUAGUGAAAGAAACAAACCGGUAUGCUGCAGAAAAGAUACAGAAGAAUACACCACUCCAGAAGAAAUCCAUCUGGCUUUCGUGGAAAGACCUUACGCUGGAAGAGUUGAAAGCUUUUUUUGGACUCAUAAUUAACAUGGGGAUGAAUGAGAAACCAGAGAUAGGUGACUACUUUUCAAACAAUUGGGUUGACUACCAACCAUUCUUCAAAGAUGUGUUCAGUAAGGAAAGAUUUUUACAAAUCUUCUGGAAUCUUCAUGUCUCCCCACCUCCAUCUGGCCGCGUAGCUGGGACAUUAACUCGAUCAGGAAAGGUAAGAAAUGUUGCUGCAUACCUCGAUAAGAAAUUUAGAGAGUAUUUUGUCCCACAGCAUGAAGUAAGUGUAGACGAAAGUAUGAUUGGGUUCAAAGGAAGGAUCCUAUUUAAAUCCUACAACAAGGACAAACCCAUUAAAUGGGGAAUCAAGGUUUUCGUCUUGUCAGAUUCAACUACGGGCUAUAUUUGUGCCAUUGAACCAUAUUUUGGUAAAACAACCACAGAUCGCUUGAUUAGGCCUGAUUUAGGAGCUACAAGUCGUGUUGUUUUACACCUAGUGGACAAACUUAAGCAAACACUGGGAGAUGUUGAAGGGCUUCACGUUUUCACUGACAGAUUUUACUCCAAUCUUGAUUUGGCAGAGGCACUAUUAGCAUGGAAAGCCCAUACAACCGGCACUAUCAUGCUACACAGAAAAGGAUUGCCGGAAGAAGUGAGACCAGCUAGGCCUAAAAAGGACAAAGCGAAAAAACAAACAAACAAGAACCUGCCUAAACCUAAGUUGAAAUUAAAAACUGGGGAAACAAAAAUCUACAGAAAAAAUGAUGAAGUGUCUCUUCUGUUGUGGAAAGACAAAAACUUGGUGGCUAUUUUAAGUACACUGUUCGGUGAUAACUCUACCCAAACGGUUAGGCGCUACAAAAAAGGGGGAGUAGGGGAGUUAGUAAAAAAACCUACUGCAGUUUGUGAGUAUAAUAAACAUAUGGGUGGUGUGGACAUCGCAGACCAGUACAUUUCCUCGUACUCAUUUACAAGGAAAUCCCUGAAAUGGUGGAGGAAAAUGUUCUUUUGGCUUUUGGAAACAGCAAUUGUAAAUUCCUUCAUUCUAUACAAUACCAAUCAAGAAAGGAAAAAUGUAGUUCGCCAAAGACGUUACAGAAAAAUGUUGAUUAAAGAACUGGUCGGAGAAGUAAGAAAUGUCCGAAAACGAGGAAGACCAUCAUCUUUAGUCGAGGACGAGCGACUGAAUGGAAAACUUCAUCUGCCCUAUCCGCUUGAGGGAGGUAAAACAAAGGACUGUGCGGUGUGUAGCGAUAGAAGACCAGGAAAAGAAAGAAAAAGGUUUUCAGUAAAAACAAUUCCGAGCUGCUGGGAGCGAGCCGCCAUGAUGAAUGCCGAGGGGGCGUGUACUAGGACUUGGCCAGUACAGCUGGCCGCCCGACCGUUGGAACCAAGUCAGUACGGAUUGAAUUCCGACUGGCUGCAGACUGCGUUGUGGCCACUCCUGCUGGCCUUCCGAUCGCAAAGGGUUAAGCUGCAGCAUGAUGAUUAUCAGAAGAACUUGCAGAACGCUGAAGUACAAGUCGAAAAUGUAAACCGGCAACAACACUGA